AAGCAGAGAAUAAACACUGAGUGGCCGUAGAAACCUUAUGGAGUUGUGUUUGUGUCCAGGUCUCCAGUCUACAAUGGAUGAGGAGAGAGAGGAGGGGGGUCCGACCUCUAAGACCGCUCUGUCUGGGGAACAUGGCCGCCAGAGCAAAGCUAAGAGCCCAGAGCAGCAGCAGAGAGCAGACUCCCCUGGACCCAGCUGUGCAUGCAGCAUGAAUAGCAUACGUAACCUGUUCACAAAGAGGAAGAAGAAGAAGAAGAAGGAGAAGCCAAUGCAUAGACAAAGACACCAGGAGAGGUCAAAGGUUACCAGUGCUCAGUCUGGACAGCAUCAAACAGAGCUGGAGAUGAACCAGGAGGAACUGGCCGACACACUGUGGGGCGGGGAGCUUCAAAGGAUCCGUUCUAAAUUUGUGAAGGGAGUUUCAGACCCAGUUAUGAAAGGUCUCCUGGAUGACCUUUGGCAGCAGAAGGUGUUUAGUACUGAGGAAAAGGACUCCGUGAUUGAGGACCAGAAGAGCAAAGUGGACCGAGCACGUCGUCUGAUCGACAUGGUGAUGGGGAAAGGGGAGGGAGCAAGUCAAGCGAUGAUUGAUAGUAUGAAGAAGAGGGACCAACACUUAUGCUCCAACCUGGGUCUGAUCUCUUCUCUUGCUGGUGUGGGUCUCCAGUCUACUAUGGAUGAGGAGAGACGGGAGGGGGGUCCUACCUCUAAGACCGCUCUGUCUGGGGAACAUGGCCGCCGGAGCAAAGCUAAGAGCCCAGAGCAGCAGAAGAGAGCAGACUCUCCUGGACCCAGCUGUGUCUCCAUGAAGAGUGACCACUCGAUGGGUAUACCUCCUAACCUUCAAGAUGGACGCCCCUCCAGAGAGGAGAGCCCAGAGCAGCAGAAGAGAGCAGACUCCCCUGGACCCAGCUGUGUCUCCAUGAAGAGUGACCGGUCCAUGGAUAACCCUCCUGACCUUAAAGAUGGACGCCCCUCCAGAGAGGAGAGCCCAGAGCAGCAGGAGAGAGCAGACUCCCCUGGACCCAGCUGUGUCUCCAUGAAGAGUGACCGGUCCAUGGAUAACCCUCCUGACCUUAAAGAUGGACGCCCCUCCAGAGAGGAGAGAAGGAGGCAGGAGAGAGCAGACUCCCCUGGACCCAGCUGUGUCUCCAUGAAGAGUGACUGGUCUAUGGAUAUACCUCCUAACCUUAAAGAUGGACGCCCCUCCAGAGAGGAGAGCCCAGAGCAGCAGCAGAGAGCAGACUCCCCUGGACCCAGCUGUGUCUCCAUGAAGAGUGACCACUCUAUGGGUAUACCUGUUAGGUUUCAGGAUGGAAAUCAACCUAUUGAGAAGAGCCCAGAGCAGCAGAUGAGAGCAGAAUCCCCUGGACCCAGCUGUGUCUCCAUGAAGAGUGGCCACUCUCAACCUCCUGACCUGAAAGAUGGACGCCCCUCCAUAGAGGAGAGACACCAGGAGAGGUCAAAGGCUACCAGUGCUCAGUCUGAACAGCAGCAUCAAACAGAGCUGAUCAAGAGGGCUGAGGAGAACGCACACGCUUUCCUAGACAAGGAGCUGAAGAAGCUCUGGAGGGAUCUCUUCACAGAUUACCCACAAUGCUCAGAGGGUCAGAGAGUGGAGGAGGAGGAGGAGGAUGGUAAGAAUGAGGAGCAGAGGAGGCGCGCCAUAGAGGGAGUGGUGGACAUCACAAAGCUCUGCCUGAUGGAGAUGAACCAGGAGGAACUGGCCGACACACUGUGGGGCGGAUCUGCUGCUGUUGAGUGCCAACAUAAAAUCAAGUCUCAUUUGAAGAAGAAGUUAAUGUGUGUGUCUGAGGGAAUCCCGAAAGCAGGAAAUCCAACGGGUCUGAAUGACUUCUACACAGAGCUCUUCAUCACAGAGAGAGGCAGUGGAGAGGUCAACAAGGAAGAUGAGGUCAGACUGAUUGAAACAGCUUCCAGGAAACCAGCCAAGGAAGAAACACCAAUCAAAUGUGAAGACAUCUUUAAACCCUUACCUGGACAAGAUCAACCAAUCAGAACAAUAUUGACAACUGGAGUGGCCGGCAUUGGUAAAACCAUCGUAACACAAAAGUUCACUCUGGACUGGGCUGAAGGCAAAGCCAACCACGACAUACACUUCACAUUUCUCUUAACUUUCAGAGAGCUGAAUUUACUGAAAGAGAAAGAGUAUAGCUUGGUGGAACUUCUUCAUCACUUCUUUAUUGAGACCAAAGAAGCAGGAAUCUGCAGAUAUGAACGGUUCAAAGUUCUCUUCAUCUUGGAUGGUCUGGAUGAGUGUCGACUUCCUCUGGACUUCCAGAACAACCAGACCUGGACUGAUGUCAAAGAGCCGUCCUCGGUGGACGUGCUGCUGACAAACCUCAUCAGGGGCGACCUGCUUCCCUCCGCUCGCAUCUGGAUAACCACACGCCCUGCGGCAGCCAAUCGGAUCCCUGCUGAGUGUGUUGACAUGGUGACAGAGGUGAGGGGGUUCACCGACCCACAGAAGGAGGAGUAC